GUAAGAUAUAAAUACAAUGUCUCAUUUUGCCAAUGCUUUCUCCUCCCAUCUUGCAUGAACGCGAGCUGGUCUCCGUUGUUGCUCAAGAUGGUCGCAAAUUUGAAAUUGAUGAUGGCAUUGAUUGUCGUCAUCGCUUGUAGCAGUGCAUUGCUUCCCUAUGUGAACGGUGUAGCGAUUAGGUAUGAAGAACAAGGAAAGUUGGAAAAGCGUACGAAUGAAGUAGUACCAGGAAGUGCAUCGAUUGGAAUGGAGAAGCGAUCUCCCACACCUGGACAUGUGGUAUCGACAGAAACGAUUAAGAACAAAGAUUUACCAAAGGAUUCACUUCAAAGACAAAUGCCGAAAGAGAAAGCACAUUUUAGCAUGCCUUUCAUUCACAAACGUGAACAAGUGGAACAAAAAGAAAAAGUAUCAUUUGUUGCACGCUCACCAGUAUCGGAUUCGAAUAAAACAUAUUCUCUCAUUGCUGACAAAGAACCGGAAGUGAUGGAUGAUUCAAGAAACACAAUUGUACCGCAAUAUGCAAAGCAUCAUAUGCUAUUGAAAGACAAGGUUUUUAUCAAACGUGAUCCGAUACCGGAACCGACCCAUUAUCUAAUGCCACAUCUCUUGAGACCAGAACCGGAAUAUGUGCGAUCACCCUUAAGGGAAGAGAUCAUUAUUGCCAGCGUAGAUCCAACAUUCCCAUCUGAAGCACGAAUGAGACUGAACAAAGGAAAGCAACAGCUCAUUCUAUCAGGAGAUCCAAUGAUUGUCAAGAAACGCUUUUAUAUCGCCAAGAAUGAGAAAGGAGCUCAUAAUUCGGAGAGUUGGUGAUCAUCUUUUUGAUAAUAACGCGUAUGCUGUAACACUUACUUUGGACAGAGUUAUCUUGUGAAAGUCUAUGUGAUGUUUGUUGGCGUUCAGCCGCAUUCGUAUGGCAAGUAUGACGUGAAAACAUUCUCAGACACAGCUUUUCCAACGGGGCUUCAUGCUG